ACAUUACAAAUACAUAGGCUUAAUGUGUCGUGUAAAACCAACAAAAGUGACUUGCCAUCCACAACCCUAAACCAACCCCUCUCCCCCCAACUUUCUUAUUCUGUUGGUACUCAUUUCUUCUACUCCUUUAUAUCUUGCUGUGGACUUCUCUUUGGUGUAUUUGAUGUCAUAGAAUUCUAACAGCUAUUCUGGUGGCCGCACCCACAACGCGCUCCGUGAAGCUGCUGCCAUGGAGGAUUCUGCAGCCGGUUCUAGUGACGAUAACAAAAGUACUAAUACUACUUGUCCCCGAGGACACUGGAGGCCCGCUGAGGAUGAACAACUCCGGCAACUGGUGGAACAAUAUGGUGCUCAAAACUGGAACUCGAUUGCAGAGAAGCUUCAAGGAAGAUCAGGGAAGAGCUGCAGAUUGAGGUGGUUCAAUCAACUUGAUCCCAGAAUCAAUAGACGGCCAUUUACGGAGGAGGAAGAAGAAAGACUUCUUGCAGCUCACCGCAUUCAUGGAAACAAGUGGGCUCUCAUAGCAAGGCUAUUCCCUGGUCGAACGGAUAAUGCUGUGAAGAAUCACUGGCAUGUGAUCAUGGCGAGAAAGCAAAGAGAACAAUCCAAGAUAUGCGGAAAGAGAACCUAUCAAGACGUUUACGACGACUCUAAUACCGCUAGUAGUACCUUUCAUGAAAGGAAAACACUAUGCCAGUACUUGGGGGAAUUUAGCUCCAAAGUUGGGUCGAGUAGUACUGAGAGCAGCAGAUUCUUUGAAUUCCGAAACCCAAAUAAAGAAAUUAGGUCGAUAGUCUCGGAUUCAGUACCUUCCAGUUGUUUGCUUUCUUGGAACUUCGCCUCGAUGGGAACAGUAGAAAGCAACUCAUCUUCGAUGGAUUUUCUCAGAAGAGAAGGAAGAGAUCACUACUUCAAAUCCAGUUCUAGAGAUCAUUGCAUUUCUGAUCAGUACCACUCAAAUAGUUCAGAUAAAUAUCUGUAUAGAUAUCAUCCCAAUUCUUCUGUUUAUGGCAGUAAUUACAGGCGGAGUUGCACUAAAUUGGGACUUCCAAACUACACCAUGGUUGUUCCUGGUCCCUUUGGCUACCAGCUUAACCUUGGAGAUGAUUAUGAACCCAAUGGAAGGAUGAUCGAGAGAGAUGAGUUAAUGAGUUUUUGCGAUAACUCACCCACUUUAGAUCAGAAGUUCAUGAAGGCAACCGCAGAUCAUCAGCAAAAGAUCAAAGGAGAUAUUGAAUCCAUUGAACCCAAGGAAAUUCCCUUCAUUGAUUUUCUUGGUGUGGGAAUCACUUCUUGAUCAUUAGCUUAAAACAGCCUUUUUUUAUUUAUUUAUCUUUUUAUGGUAUUUAUAAUAAUUAUGCAUGCUUCAGUUUCA